AUGCCCCUUGGAGCCUACCGAGUGGCCCCUUUCCAGAAGGCUCCCGCAGGCCCCCUAGGGCCGCAGAGCCCUGCCCCUUUUGUCCUGCAGCCCCCUCCCCCAGGCAGGAAGGCCCGGAAACCCUCAUCGCCCGGUGCUGCCCCAGCUGCUGCCCUUCGCACCCAGACUCAGGAUUCCCAGAGGCCUCCCGACGUGCGGCCGAAGGAACGCAAAGAGACGUCCUCGAAGACGAGCAGCGAUGCGAAACCGAAAGAUGGCAAGCAGGAGAACAUGGAGCGCAUUGUCGGGGAGAUUGCCUUCCAGCUGGACCGCAGGAUCCUCUCCGCUAUCUUCCCUGACCAAGUCCGUCUCUACGGCUUCACGGUCCGCAACAUCCCCAAGAAAGUCAUGCAGAGUGGAAACGACCCCUACUCCCAACUGAGCGACAAGCAGGCCUCGGCCAUCAUGGAACGCUACGACACUGUCAUGAAUCGCCUGAAGCCUUUGGGCUAUGACCCCAACGACCAUCCCAGGAUCACGGAGCACGUGGUGAACACUUUUGGCAUCCUCCGGGAGCGGCCAGAGAUGUCGGGGGCUGAAGCCGCCUCCUACAAUGACAUACAGAACCUGCGGAACGUGGUCAAGGAGACCGUCCCCUCGGACAUGCACAACGACUGCCUGCUGCUACUCAACUGCCUCCACCAGCUGUCGCAGGACGACGGGAAGCCCUUGUUCAUCUGGUAA